CCAUGUUUAUGUCUAUGACUCUAAUGUUUGGAAGAAUUAACCUAACAUUUAAUCAGGCGUGUUUCUUCUUUUUAAUAAUUAUCUAUUAAAAUUGGGGCGAAAUGUCUGGUAAUGAGAUGGAAUUAGAGGAAAAUCAAACCAUGGAGAACGAUAACGCAAUGUACGAAGGAGACGACGAAAACAGGGAAAGUAUUGAAGCAAAAGAAGUGUACCUUCCUGGUAAGUCUCUUGAAGAAGGUGAAGAACUAGUUUGUGACGAAACAGCAUACAUUAUGUUACAUCAAGCCCAAACAGGAGCUCCUUGUUUAAGUUUCGAUGUUAUUAAGGACGAACUUGGCGAAAAUAGAGAAACUUUUCCAGCUACUAUAUAUGCAAUAGCUGGAACUCAAGCAUCUCAGACUCACAUCAAUAGUCUCAUAGUCAUGAAAUUUUCGAAUUUACAUAAGACCAGUCGAAGUGACGAAGAAGAAUCAGAAGAUGACGAUGAAGAAGACGGGGAUGAGUCAAAACGUCCUCAAAUGUCAUGCGCAUUGAUAAAACACCAAGGAUGUGUUGAUAGAAUACGGUGUACAAGACUAAACAAUACAGUUGUUGCAGCCAGUUGGAGUGAAUUAGGCCGAGUUAACAUUUGGGAUUUAACUCAACAGCUACAGGCUGUAGAUAAUCCUCAACUUUUAUCUCGUUAUAACAAAGACCACGUUAAAAAUACUAUUAAACCACUUUUCACCUUCAGUGGACAUCAAGAAGAAGGCUUUGGCAUGGAUUGGAGUUCUGUAGCACCAGGGUUUUUAGCUACGGGUGAUUGUAGAAGGAAUUUGCAUAUCUGGCGACCAGCAGAAGGAGGCAAAUGGAACGUGGACCAGAGGCCUUUAAUCGGCCAUACUGAUUCGGUGGAAGAUAUACAAUGGUCACCUAAUGAAGAGAGUGUUUUAGCAUCUUGCUCAGUGGAUAAGAGUAUACGAAUUUGGGAUAUCAGGGCACCACCAAGUAAAGCUUGCAUGCUGAGCAAUGACCAAGCACAUGAAAGCNGCAAUGACCUAGCACAUGACAACGUAAUUAAUUGAAACAGAAGAGAAUCUUUCAUUGGCAGUGGGGGUGAUGACGGAUUUUUGCAUGUAUGGGACCUGAGACAGUUUAAAGAAAACACAGCAGUAGCAACGUUCAAACAUCAUACAGCCCCCGUCACUACAGUAGAAUGGCAUCCAACAGACUCAUCAGUGUUCGCAUCUGGGGGCAGUGACGAUCAGAUUGCUUUAUGGGACUUGGCAGUCGAAAGGGACUGCGAUGAUGCGGAAGAUGUUACGGAUGUGCCCCCUCAACUUCUAUUCAUACAUCAAGGACAGAAAGACAUCAAGGAGCUCCACUGGCAUCCUCAGAUACCAGGACUCAUUAUCAGUACAGCAAAUAGUGGUUUUAAUAUUUUUAAAACAAUUAGUGUAUAAUAAAAAAAAACUGGUUAUUAGAAUUACAAAUAAUUUUAAAUUAAUUUAAAUGAUGUCUGUUUGUUAUUGAUUAUGAUAAGACAUUUUUUAACAAAUAAAUGUUUUAAGUUUCCAAAUGUGUUACUAUUUUUAGGCAGUUUACAAAAGCUAUUAGAACUAUUAAGAGAUUUUAAUUUUAAUACGAAGCGAUGAAAAGUAAAGAGAAAUUAGUAUUAAAAUGAAUCUAUAAUACGAAAAUAUAUUUAAUGGAUAUCUCUGUGUUGUUGAAGAUUAAAAAAAUGGUUAUUGUAGAAAACUAAAAAUAAU